CAUCCCCCGCCGCCGUCCCCGCCGCCCUGCGCGUCCCCGCCGCCGCGCUCCCGCUUCCCCGCGACCCCUGAGCUCCUGCGAGCCCGCUUGCCUCUCCCUUGCCUCUGUCGCCGCCACUGCGGGGCCAUGGCGACCUGCUCUCUGCUGCGGAGUUUCUGGGCCGCGCGCCUGGCGCUGCCGCCUCCCGGCCGCUGCCUCUGCCCGGCGUCCGCAGGAGCCCAGCGUCGCAGCUACGCCCGCGGCCCCGCUGGCCUCCCCGCCGACCUUCUCCGCGGGGACAGCUUCGUGGGAGGCCGCUGGCUCCCGGCCCCCGCCACCUUCCCCGUGCAGGACCCGGCCAGCGGCGCCACGCUGGGCACCGUGGCCGACUGCGGGGUGCCCGAGGCCCGCGCCGCCGUGCGCGCCGCCUACGAUGCCUUCUGCAGCUGGAAAGGGGUCUCGGUCAAGGAGAGGAGUUCAUUGCUUCGCAAAUGGUAUGACUUAAUGAUACAGAAUAAGGAUGACCUUGCCAAGAUCAUCACAGCCGAGAGUGGAAAGCCACUGAAAGAGGCCCAGGGAGAAAUUCUGUAUUCAGCCCUUUUCCUAGAAUGGUUCUCCGAGGAAGCUCGUCGUAUUUAUGGAGACAUCAUCUAUACCUCUGCCAAGGAUAAACGGGGGCUGGUCCUCAAGCAGCCCGUUGGUGUGGCCGCAAUCAUCACACCGUGGAAUUUUCCCAGUGCCAUGAUCACCCGGAAAGUGGGGGCCGCCCUGGCAGCUGGCUGCACCGUGGUGGUGAAACCUGCCGAAGACACGCCCUACUCCGCCCUGGCCUUGGCGCAGCUUGCGAACCAGGCUGGAAUCCCUCCAGGGGUCUAUAACGUCCUUCCCUGCUCUAGAACCAAAGCCAAGGAAGUGGGGGAGGUGCUGUGCACCGAUCCAUUGGUGUCCAAAAUUUCCUUCACUGGCUCAACAGCGACCGGGAAGAUCCUGCUGCACCAUGCAGCGAAUUCUGUGAAGCGUGUCUCCAUGGAGCUGGGCGGCCUCGCCCCAUUCAUCGUCUUUGACAGUGCCGAUGUGGACCAGGCUGUCGCAGGCGCAAUGGCAUCUAAGUUUAGGAACGCUGGGCAGACUUGUGUUUGCGCAAACAGGUUCCUGGUACAGCGGGGUAUCUACGAUUCCUUUGUAAAGAAGUUCGCAGAAGCAAUGCAGAAAAGCCUGCGUGUGGGUAACGGAUUCGAGGAAGGAACAACUCAAGGCCCGUUGAUUAAUGAGAAAGCCGUAGAAAAGGUGGAGAAGCAUGUGAAUGACGCAGUGGCCAAGGGGGCCACCGUCGUGACAGGCGGGAAGCGACACCCAAGUGGGGGAAACUUCUUUGAGCCCACGCUGCUCAGCGACGCCACCACGGACAUGCUCUGCGUCACCGAAGAGACCUUUGGGCCCCUGGCGCCGGUUGUCAAGUUUGACAAAGAAGAAGAGGCCAUUGCCAUCGCAAAUGCAGUCAAUGUUGGAUUAGCAGGGUACUUCUACUCCCAAGACCCAGCCCAGAUCUGGAGAGUGGCGGAGCAGCUGGAGGUGGGCAUGGUCGGCGUGAAUGAAGGACUGAUCUCUUCAGUGGAGUGUCCAUUUGGUGGGGUGAAGCAGUCUGGCCUUGGGCGAGAAGGGUCCAAGUAUGGCAUUGAUGAGUAUCUUGAGGUCAAGUAUGUGUGUUAUGGAGGCUUAUAGGGUUCUUCACUUCUUCAAAAAAGAAUAAAACUACCUAGAUCUAUAGGGACAUGCCAUCCAUCUUUUAAAAUAAACAAGUAGGUUAUCAGAGUUAUGAAUUUUUAAAAAUUCAGCCAGUCCUCAUCAUCUUAGACAUAAAUCCCAACCUCCCCCUUAUUUAACUAGGGACCAAUGGAUGCCAUAUCUCUGUGGCUGUGGGCCCCAGCCAGUCCUGGGACCCCAGCACAACCCCACUGCCUCAGGAAGGUACAAUGUGAGUGUUCACAUGUCCCUGACCCUCACAAAGGGUAGUCACUGUGGGCAGUGGCUCCCCAGUCCCCAUGGGACUGCCCAUCUUGGGCCCAGAAUACGGGGGAGGAAAUGCUGGAGUGAUAGACAGAUGGAUGGGGCGGGUCACAUCCAGGCCUGGGCGUCUGUCGGCUUGGUGAUGAACAGCUGCUGCCUGUUCAGAGGGGUUGUGGCAAAGGCUUUGGUUUCCUAAGACUUCUCUGUAAACAGCACAGGAUUGCCUUGUACUGUAUGGAAUGUGGGGGUGUUUCUCCUUGUUUCUGGUCAGCUUUUCUGUUUUUUGUUUGCUUGCUUGCUUGCUUGCUUGCUUGUUUGGGUUUUUUUGUUUUGUUUUUUUUUUCUUUUGGUUUUUUGAGACAAGGUUUCUCUGUAGCCCUGGCUAUCCUGGAACUUGCUCUGUAGACCAGGCUGGCCUUGGACUCAUUGAUCCGCCUGCCUCUGGGAUUCAAGGCCUGCGCCACCACCAGCAGGCUCUGAGCUGUUUUUUAAUUGCUGGAAACAGGGUUGGUUUGUUUUCGUUCUGUUUUGGUUCAUCAUCAUUUGGGUUGCUUUUAUGAGACAGGGUCUUGCUAAGCAGCCUAGGCUGGCUUCAAACUCACAAUUCUACUGUUUCAGCCUCUCCAGUGCUGGGGUUACAGGCGUGCUCUACCACACCUGGGUAAAUGGAAGUCUCCACUGCCCUAAACUUAGCUUAUGCUUGGUUUUAUUUCUCUUAGAAAAUCAACCCAAGCUUGGGGGCAAACAUCAGCAGAGGUGUUCGGCAGGACGAAGCCCGGCUGUUGUUUCUUUUCUAGGUGUUAAAUCAAUGCCCUUGUACACACUAGCAUGUGUCCUACCACCGAACUACCCGCAACGUAUUUUAUUUUGUUUUGUUUUCAUUUUAAUUUUGAGACAGAGUCUUUGUAAGUUACACUGACAGGCCUUGAGCUCUUUAUCGUCCUGCCUCAGUUUCCUGACAGGCCUGCACCACCAGACCAGGCCAGUGGAAAGCAUGGGCUCUCGGCUGUUCCCGGUGCUGUGCGGCUCCACUGCCUGGGUGUGCUGUUUAGGAUGCCAUGCACCCCACUUCCAGAGAUUCAGGCUUGGCGUACACGGUACUGUGAGCCUGAAGGAAGUGAAAAUGCCUCACAGAUACUGAAAAUGCAGCUUGAGGACAGGAGCAGUUUUGAUUCUGAGCAAUACCACCCUUUGUGGAGGAAGGAAGCCAGGUGCCCACGUGUUCACCUGCCUACCUCUGAGCCAGGCUUGCUGUCCCCGGGGACACCUGCUGCUAAACUUCCAGAAGAGCAAAAGCACUUUCACCACGGUGAAAAAUGAUUUCCAUAAUUGCCAGUCCCCUGUGGAAGAGAGCUGAAGCCAUGAAUCCCCAGCACUUUUGUCCUAGUAAAAGCAGUUAUGGUUCACGAUUAAAAACAAAACAAAACCGUACCUGGACCUGUCAGAUAGCUCAGUGGAUAAAAGCUUUGCUGGACAAGCCUGGGGACCUACCUGAGUUCCAGCUCCAGAACCUACUUAAAGAUGGGAAGGGAGAACCAACCCCACAUUGUCCCCUGACCUCCACAAGUGCAACAAAGGCAUGCGUGUGAGCACGCGUGCGCACACACACACACCCCAAACUCCUUGUAACUGGUAUUGGUCUCACUUUGAAACGAUUUAAAUGAGGAAAAGUCUAGGUUCCCGUCCACCUAGAAGCUGCUGAAGUUGUUUAUUCCCAACAGGCAGCAAUGGAGCUCUCUGCCCCACGCCGCCCCACACCCCACGCCGCCCUACGCCGCCCCAAGCCGCUCCCCGCCCCACGUCGCCCCCCUCCCCACACCGCUCCCCGCCCCACGCCGCUCCCCGUGGAGAGUCCACUCACAUACUCUGAGGAGGCUCUCUGGCUCUGAGGAGCCAACGUGGAUGACAGCAGAGCUAGCUGCAGAGAUACCUAAACACUACAAAGUCCCAAGCCACUGGGAGCUUCAAAUAAGGAAUUCAUGGUUUUAAAAGUCCCUGUGCAUUGCCGGGCGGUGGUGGCCCACGCCUUGAAUCCCAGCACUCGGGAGGCAGAGCCAGGCGGAUCUCUGUGAGUUCGAGGCCAGCCUGGGCUACCAAGUGAGUUCCAGGAGAGGCACAAAGCUACACAGAGAAACCCUGUCUCCAAAAAACAAAACAAAACAAAACAAAACGAAAAGUCCCUGUGCACAAGAAGUAGAAAUCUGCCUCCUAGGAACCCCGCCCAAGUGGCAAGAGUCACAGCUGAGCAUGUUCAUAGUCUGUUUCUGCCCUCUUGUAUAGUGUGUCGCUGGUUUCCAUCGCAUUUUCUAAUUUUUUAAAAAAAAUUUUAUGGAUGUGGGUAUUUUUGCCUUCAUGUAUGUCUGUGCACAUGCAUGCUGGUGCCCUCAGGGGCCAGAAGAGGGCAUCAUCAGAUCACCUAGAACUGGAGUUACAGCCGGUUGUAAGCCACCAUGUGGACCCUGGGAAAGUGAACCCUGGUCCUCUGAAAGAGCAACCACUGCUCUCAACCGCAGAGCCAUCUUGCUAGCCCCAACAUUUCUCAUUUCUUAAGAUUUGUGCCCAUCUUUUUUCAGUCAAUACAAAUGUUCUGCUCUUAUUUUGUAGAAGAUGAAUACACAUGCUGAGAUAUGAAUAGAAGUCAUUUCUUUAAACAGUGUCAGCCAGGGAGUUCUCGGACUGUGUGGCAAUUACUUCUUGUGCAUAUUUGACUCACUGGGUAUAUCAGUGGCCCAGACAUGUGUUACAAUAAAUGUAAAUCAAUUUUUGUAAUUAAAAUAAUGGGAACGGGUAGCAGUGGUAAAGUAUAUACUUAGCAUGCUGGAAGCCAUGGGAUUAAUCACCACCACUGAAAAUAAGUUAACAUGAAAGAACAUCUUAGAAAAACGGUUUUGGGUCAUGGAAAGACAGUAUUUGGGGGUUUUAUAUAUAUUUUUAAACAGGAGCUCUUGUUGGCCUUAAACUCCUGGGCUCAAAUGAUCCUCCUGCCUUAGUCUCCCAGAUAGCUGCUACUAUAGGCAUGUUAUCACCAAAUCAAUUAAGUUUUUUAGUUUGUAGGGGUUUUGAGUUUGGGUUUCAUGUAGUCCAAGCUCACAUUGAGACUCUCUUGCCCUGACUGCCUGUGCUGGACCUACACAUAUAUAACUACCGUGCCCAGCUAAGAGAUGUUUUUUAAGUGAACGUGUUAUGGUUCAAUAAGAUAUGUGAUAAGUGGAAUUUCUGGAUAUACAGAAGUGUUGAACCACAACCUGUGAGCCAAAUUCUACCUGCCACCUUUUUUAUAACUCCUGAGUUUCAAGUGCUUCAUAUAUUCAGAUGGAUUGUGGUAGGCUAGAACAGUUAUUUCCUGAAAUCCCAGAGUCUGUGGGUGAACACAGCCACCGUCCCCUGUGCCUGGGUAGCUUUGCUGAGACGGUAUGGCCUGCAGAACCAACAAGAUGUACUGCAAAGCUGGUUUACAGGCCCUCAUCUAUACCAAGAGAGGGACAGUGGCCUCCGUGUUGAUGAGACCUGAGUUCAUUCGAUUGCACACCUCCUGUGAAGAAGGCACAGUUUCUGGGCAUCUGUUACCAGGAGUUCUUGGCAGUAAUCAUCAAAUAACCCAAAGGAUGUUAGCCUGAUCUGUCACCCUGAAAGCCACUAUUUGCUCCAGCUAGUGGGGCCCACUGAAAGUGCCAAAGUUCGAGUCUUUUUCCAUCUGAGGGGCCUUUCAAUAUGACCCCAUAGAAAGUGCUUGUUUCUUUCUGUAUCUUUGUUCUUUGGGACUUGGUAAAAAUAAAGAUCAGACGCACAAUGUAAACAAGCCUAUUCUGUGACGUCACAACCUUCAAAUUGGUUCCCUUGGGCUUGCCUCUCUGGAGGCUGGGUCCCAGUGUUUUAAUUACCCAUGUGCAGCUACUUAAAAACAGAAUAUUACUUGAAUAAUACUUAAUACUGUGAUUGUUUCUCGCCAUACUUUGUGAGAUAAAUCUUGGGAAUUGAUGAGAAAUAUUUUGCUUUGUAAAUGUAUACGUUGACUCAUUUUUCUAGUGUUUGACAUUGUCUGGUCACCAGAGUUGAAUCUCAUUAAUAAAUGUUGAACUAACAGGACUUCCUA